CAGACAAACAGUGCAGAGUCACUGCAGAGAAAGACGCAGCUACACAUCAACAGUUAGAAAGACUCAGAAAUCUUCAACUUUAAGAAUGCUGACGAACCAGACAAACCAAACACAGGACGACCCCUUCUCCUGCUAUGACCCUUCAGUCGUAGGAUACCGUUACUUUGGUGUGGUGUUGGGAUGUGGCGUGACCAUCACUGGUACGGUGGGGAACCUGAUGACCAUCCUGGCCUUUGCCUUAGACCCACGUCUGAGGACUCGCUUCAAUGUGCUCAUCGUCAACCUGGCUGUAGCCGAUCUCCUGUACUGCACCACACUGCAGCCCUUCAUAGUUGACACCAACAUACACCUCAGAUGGCGCAGUGGUCCACUCUGGUGCAGCAUUGCUGCCCUGCUCGUCUUCGUUUCCAACAGUGUCUCCAUUGUCACCCUCUGCCUGGUCGCAAUGAGCCGAUAUCUCAUGGUGGCAAAAAGGGCUUGGUUUGACCGUGUCUUCUCCAAUUGGGGUCUUACUUUACUCCUGAGCUCAGCGUGGGCACUUGGCCUGGCCUCGUUCAGCCCACUCUGGCCUGUUUUUGAGUUUGUGCCAAAGGCGUGCGCAUGCAGCUUCAAUCGCACCAAGGGUCGUCCCUACAGCACCAUUGUGCUCUUUUUCUACUUUUUUGUUGGUCUGGGCUGUGUCGGUGUAUUCUACCUCCUCAUCUACAGACGUGUCAGGAUUGCCUCAAAAGCUCUGCAGCGCUACAAGAUCAGCAACAAGUCCUCCAGAAAGAAACCAGCUUCUUCAGCUCAGGAGACUGAUGACAGUGGUGUAGAAAAGACAUGUAGCUGUGAGAUGAGCAGUCAGGUAGAUCUAUCUGAGGCUUCUACCAUGACAGCAAAUUCAUCAGCAGCCAACGAGUCUCCCCUUGACAUCGUCCCAUCACCUUCAGCCACACCUGCUCCCACAAAGGCAACAUCCUCUGGCCACUCCACAGCCUCAGGAGAUGAUAAAGAAAUGACGCGUGUGACACGCAUGUGUUUAGCAGUUUUCCUGUGCUUUUUGCUUUGCUUUGUUCCGUACAUUUUUCUCAACACAAUAGACAAACAUGGACGUGCGCCACAGGUUGUGUACAUGAUCAGUGCAAACUUCACCUGGCUCAACACCUGCAUCAACCCCAUGCUCUAUGCUGUCAUGAACAGACAGUUUCGACAGGCCUACCAUUUGCUGCUCACCAGGGCUGCUGCACCAUUCACCUGUCUCUGGACCUGGUGUUCUACCAAGUGACAACCCCCGGAGCUGAAAAUUGAGCAGAAAUAAACAUAUUUAUAGCUUGGUACAAAAACUGUUUUUAACUGUAUAGCUAAUUUCUGCCUUCAUGACAACUAUUUUUAUAUUUGCCCUUUAAUCUAUAUGAAGGCUUAAAGCUAUGCAUAAUUAAGGGCGUGGCUGCUCUGAGUGACAGGCAGGUGCUCUCUCAGGUGACUAGCCACUGCAUUUAGCACACCUCAGCUCUCCCCUGCUCAGCCUUUUUGCCUAUUUUUGGAUUAGUCUGGAGUUGGGAGGAGUUGGGCACUGCCAAGAUGGUGACAGAGAGAGUCCACUUUAAAAUUCACUGGCAUCAAGGAGACUACGUCCAGAUUUUAUACAAUCGAUGUUGUCAACAAUGAGAUCCUAAACAGCUGGACUUUAAAGUGAUGUUUCUAUUAUUCAGGUCAUUCAUGAUAUUCUAUGUGAGGGAGCUUGAAAGGGUUUACCUUUAAAAUGAUUAUUGUCAAGUCAAUAUUAGCAUCAGGGUUAAUUUUAGGCUAGAAUAAAAUAUAAAACACAUUGAAUGUGAAUACAAACUCAGUUCAUGUGCAUGAGGGUCAUUUUAAAUCACUGUGAAAGAUCAAUAUAUUGUGGAUGUGUGUCAGUAGGAUGUAUAAAGUACCUUAGUAUAUGUUACUGAAUUCAGUUCAUGGUCAUACUGUUACAUAAAUGGAUGUAAAAGAGAAGUAUUCACAACAAAUACAGAAAAAUGCCAGUUUGGAUGGUAAUACAUGUGAAUGAUGAUAAUACAUGUUAAUCUAUGAUAUUUGCACAGAUGUAGUGUGGUAUUCAACUUUUGAUAAUAAAGAUCAAG